UCUUACAUCCGCCGCGGCGUUCGUUUCGGUUUUUGUUUGGUUACGUGACGCGUAUCGGUUUCUGUUGGACGUUUUGUGUGAUCCUGGUGCCGGUUCCCUAGCGACCUCCCCCCAAGUUGAUUGCCUGCCCUGAGGUGUGAUUAAUCGCAGAAGCGGCGAAUUAUUCGCGUGGGAUCAGCAAAAUAAAUUUGUGUUGUGCUCCAGUUUGUGCCAACUCGGGAAGUUUUAUAGCCUUCCGUGCCGUGGUUUUAGUGCUUGAUCGAUCGCCGGAGGUAGUUGAUUGAAUUCUGUGGCACCCUGCCAAAAGUAAGUUCGGAUUGAACUUCAAUGCCAUACAUUCUGAUACGGGGCAAUCUAGCUUCCUACAGCCACAAGUACCCGUUUCGAGUGCUGGUCUCGGGAUUGAAAACGGCCGAUCUCGAACAGCUGAAUCGAUUCCCCUCCGGUGGAUACAGUGAUGAGUCUACGAUCGUCUAUCUGCAGCAUCCGUGUGUGAUAUUGACUGCACUAGAGGUACUGGGAUACCGCGUGGUCGCAUCGUCAUCGACUGCGGUCAAACAGGACUACAACGAGUAUAUGUGGACUAUGCGAAAGGAGUUUCACGAUCCGGAGCCAUUCGUCAGUGAAACUUCGUCCGCCAUCGUCGAACGGGAGAACCUGGCCAACAUCGGCCGCGAGGUGAAUAACUACCCACCCAGCAAUAAGAUUGACGUUCCGGAAUAAACCCCGGAGGUGGAGGUUAAGUUCCAGCGGAACAGAUUUUAGUUUGGUGUGAACCCUCCUCAAUAACGAAUUACGUGUGUAUCUGUUUGUACGCCUGCGCGUAUUUUUACUU